GUAAAGGAAGGAUAACUUUUUUUUUUAUUUUUUUUUGGUAGAAGGAAAGGAAGGAUAGCUUUCAAGUGCUAAACGAACAGAGAGAGACGGCCAUGGCUGCCGCAAUCGGCUCUUCCUCCUUCACUCUUCUCAGGAACUGUGCGCUAGUUGUGAGGCCAUUUUCAACCGCCAAACUCUUCCCUCGGCCAGCCUCUGCUUUCAGUUUCCGUUCCAAGCGCGUUAGGUUCCCGGUUCCUUCUUCUCACUCUCGCUCUCGCAGAUUGCGCUUUGCUACUAAUGCCGUCAAUGAUGAAGAGGCUGCCGCAAAAGCAGCUGCUGCCACUCUUGAUGAAGGAGCUCCCACCAUUUUUGACAAGAUCAUAGCCAAGGAAAUCCCUUCGUCCAUCGUUUAUGAAGACCAAAAGGUCCUGGCUUUCCGGGAUAUCAGUCCUCAAGCUCCUGUUCAUGUCGUAAUCAUUCCAAAGAUCAGGGAUGGGUUGACAGAGCUUGGCAAAGCGGAAGCCAGGCAUGGAGAAAUCCUAGGCCAACUUCUGUAUGCCGCCAAAAUAGUUGCAGAGAAGGAAGGGGUUGUUGAUGGGUUUAGGGUGGUUAUCAACAGUGGCCCCACUGCCUGUCAAUCUGUUUAUCAUCUCCACCUGCAUGUAUUGGGAGGAAGACAGAUGAAGUGGCCUCCUGGUUGAGUCGAGCGAAUUCCUCUCCGCUGUUGCGUCUCUGCUGCAACUUGUACUACCGCCCAGCUGGAGCUUCUCUUGUAAGUAACUUGGAACCUGUGUAGGUCGAGAGCUUUAGCAGGUCUCAUGGUCAUCAAAGCAGAUUCCGCCCCCUCAUUUUAGCCCUUUUCUACUGUUUGCGUUAGUUGCAUGACUAAAGAACAUGACCAAUUGAACAGAUGAAUCCACCACAUGAUCUUGUCCUCGACUUCAGGGUUUCACUGUGUCAGUGAAGUUCAGAUUUGCGUUGUUAAGAUAAACUAUUUUGAACUACAAAAAGUGGGAGAGUCGGAACUCUCUACGGUCGAUACAAGUUGAAAAAGCUGAAGUCCUGUCCUUUGCACAUUAGACGCGAUUUACCCGUAAAGGAAAAGUAGAACAGAAGGGUUACUUAAAGUAGCAAAGUAAAACAGCUAAACGUAA